CACGUUAGCAUAGCUUAUACAUACAUCGAGUUCACUGAACGUCAUGUAGAUGAUUCGUCUUCAGGCAAACUAUCUGAAGCCGUACCUAUACAUAAUCAUCUGUUAUUGUAUAUGGUCGAGACAUAUCCAUAACCAUCUGUCAUAAAAGGUUAUGUUAUUAUCUAUACGAGAGUUUGUUCAGUGUCAAAAGUUAAUUCAAUAUUUUGUUUGUUUUCCGCAACUAUAUAUUUGUAAGUAACAAUAAUUGAGAAGAAAUGUAUCUUUACAAAGAGUUUCAAGCAGUCGUGCUUGCUGGUGGAGGAGGAUCUCGUAUGACUGAACUUACUCAUGGACAGUACAAAUGUUUAUUGCCAAUAGGAAAUAUACCAAUGCUCUGGUAUCCUCUCCAAUUAUUAGAACAUGCUGGUUUUAAAGAGGCCAUUGUUGUUGUAUCUGAGAACAUGGGAAACAAUGUAUCAUUUGCUUUGAACAAAUUAAACCUCAAGAUUAAAGUAGACAUUGUUGCGGUUGAAAAUGCAGAAGAUCUUGGAACUGCAGAUUCCAUUAGGCACAUACAUGACAAAAUUCACACUGAUUUCUUAGUGAUUUCCUGUGAUUUAAUCAGUAAUGUUGACAUAUGCGAGAUUUUAAAUCUGUAUAGAAAACAUAAUGCCAGCAUUGCUGCACUCAUGCUUCCUGUACCCAAACUACCAGACGACUUUGUAACUCCAGGUCCAAAAAAUAAACAAAAACCAGAGACUGAUUUGAUAGGUAUUGAUAAUGAAACAGGACGUUUAGUGUUUUUGGCUUCAGCUUCUGACUUUGAGGAAACCAUUAACAUUUCUCAAAUGCUUCUUAAAAAACAUAUAAGUUUCACUAUUCACUCAAAAUUGCUGGACGCUCAUCUAUAUGUGAUGAGUAAAUGGGUUUUAGAUUUUUUGGUGCACAAUAAGAGUUUCAGUACUUUAAAGGGUGAACUUCUUCCAUAUAUUGUUAGAAAACAAUUGACUAAGCCUCCUAAAAAACAUAUAGAUGAUAAAAAUACAUUAAUAGUACCGGUUAAUUCAAAGAAAGAUAUCUAUGAUUUUGCUGAUGAGGAACCUCUAGACGAAUUAAUCAGGAAAAUGUCAGCAUAUAACGAUCACAGUACUGAUUUAAAAAAUGUGUAUCAUGGGGAUGUGCUAAGAUGUUAUGCUCAUAUUGUUAACGGGAAAUUCGGGAUUAGAGCAAACACUAUUCAGAUGUACCAUUUUGCCAAUACCAAGAUAUCAGAAUGGUGGAAUAAUAAUGAUAUGGAAAAAUCUAAUAUUCCAAGUAUCUCGGCUACGGCUACUAUAAAAAGUACACAAAUGCAAGAUUGUCACGUCGAUGACAAUGCUAUUAUACAUGAAAAAACUUCCCUUAAACAAUGUUACAUUGGACCAAAUGUAGUUAUUGAAUCAAAGACUAGAAUAUCACAGAGUGUUGUAAUGGAAAAUGUUACUAUUAAACAAAGGUGCGUGAUACAUAAUUGCAUACUAUGCAAUGGUUGCAUUAUCGAAGAAGGUACAGAAUUAAAGGAUUGCGUGGUUGGUUCUCAACACAUUGUAGCAAGUGGAAGUCAACAUUCUCGUGAAGUUCUUACUGACGCUGAUAAACUUAUAGAAUUUUAAUUAUUUAUUUUCAGUAUACACAAUAAAGAAUUUGUAAAAAUAA